AUGUCUACCACCACUUCUACGAGUCCUACCGACAUUGGACAAGCUCUGAUCAAUGCAUUGAAUAAUCCAACAGGCAAUCUGACUAGAUCACUGCUACUAGCCGAUGAAGAUGGAAACAUCACAGGCGAAAAGGGCUCUCGUUUUAUUCUUCAAUCUUACGGCUAUCUCGAUCUGAGGGUCUCCCUUGUCGCCAGCCUGACCUUCCCCGUGGAUGCGCCAUCAUUCGAGACUCUUUAUCCCAAAGCGUCUUUGCAGUCAUUAAACAGUUUUGAUCCUCUUCUAUACCAGGCAACAGAAACCGCCAUGCUGGACUUUUGGAACUCCUGCAACGACUUCACUCAAUACGCAGUGUCGAGCUUCUGGACUGUGUUCAUCGAAACGCGAAUACUUUGUCAAGCUCUCGCCGAUCAGUUUACCGGUGCGGGAGAGGUCAGUCUGCAGGGCAUCAUAAGCAUGUUGACCGGCCAGGCAUACUCUCAGCCUGGCUCCGAGAACGAUUUUGAGUUCAAAGGUCUUGCUCAGAGUGCCAGUGAAAUGCUACUGAAUCUGAGCCAGCUUGCAAACCAGAAAGCUAGCAGUAUUCAUGGCUUGACGGCCAGCAUCGCCUCGCAAGCAAGCAAAAUUCAGACCACGAGAAAAGAGGUUGAUGCCGUCGUGAAGAAGUUCGGUUUAAACUCGGGAGACCGUUACAUCUCUACGCUUGAUGAGACACAUUCCAUGAAUCAAAUAGUUCUCAAUAAUAGCGUUGAAGCGGCUCAGGCUGCGAAGGCAGAUUGGGACCGUGAGAUGAUGGAAGCCAACACUGCGGCUUCUUACAUUUGGAUACCUGUUGCCGGCUGGAUUUCUGGAUCGAACGCCAUCCUUACGAAGCAGAAAGAUGUGAGAAUGGCAUGGGCUGAGUAUCAAGCACACAUCGGGAACAAGAGCACUGACGCCACAAAGACAGCCUAUGCUCUUGUUGGUGCUGUAAACUUACUCUCCUUACAGAACCAGGCCAUUUGUGACAGCGUGCGGAGUGUAGGCGUAGCAUUACAAGAGAUCCAGUCUACUUUCGUGGCGAUAGGAAAUAAUCUGGGCCAGGCCUCGACGUUAAUGGCUGCUGCGGAUGAUUCUGUUAGAACAUCGCUGAUUGCAAACCAGCAGGCGAUCCAAGCGGGAAUCACUAAGGCAGUGCAGGAGUUUCAGGAUACGUUGUCUGCGGUUCAGGCACUCAUUGCCAUCGACUCGAGUAUCCAAACUUCUGGAAUCACUGCAGACAUCGACGCGCCCAGCGUUUUAUAA